UCCAUAAAGGUAAAUGUCACUUUGACACUUCAGGGCACUGUAUCAACUGUCAAACUUGUAGAAAGUGUACAAGUGUAGCUCGUUGGAGUAUUUCUUUCAAGCUGAACCGGAAAAUAUUAAAAAAAUCAAUUCGUCUUACUUAAAAACUUAAGGCAGUUCGAACUAGAGUUGAUAUAACUAGAAGAUGCUCAGAUAUAGAGGAAAGAAGAAUGUUAUAGACAAAGUGAAGGAAUUCGAUGCAUUUCCUAAAGUUCCGGAGGAAUACGUCGACAGCACUCCAGUCGGCGGAACGUUCUCUGUUAUCACUUUUUUUAUUAUACUGUGGUUAAUUUAUAGUGAAGUCACGUACUAUUUGGAUAGUAAUUUAGUUUUUAAAUUCUCACCCGACACUGAAAUGGACGAGAAAUUGAGGAUAAACAUUGACAUAACGGUCGCAAUGCCGUGUUCAAACAUUGGCGCUGAUAUUUUGGACUCGACGUCGCAAAGCGUGUUCGGUUUCGGUGAAUUGACUGAAGAAGACACGUGGUUCGAGCUUACACAAGAGCAGCAAGAUGCAUUUGAAGCUGUGAAAUACCUAAAUUCAUAUUUAAGGGAAGAGUACCACUCAAUCUGGCAAUUAUUGUGGAAAAAGGGCCAUGGGUCUGUUCGAGCUACUAUACCAGCUAGGAAAACUAAACCAAAUAGAAGACCAGACGCAUGCAGACUACAUGGUAUACUUACUUUGAACAAAGUAGCUGGCAAUUUUCAUGUAACUGCCGGUAAAAGUUUACAUUUGCCCCGCGGUCAUAUCCACUUGAACAUGCUGUUCGAUGACACACCACAGAACUUCAGUCACAGAAUACACAGACUCAGCUUCGGCAGUCCUGCAAAUGGAAUAAUAUACCCCCUGGAAGGUGAUGAGAAAAUUACGAAUAAUGAAAACAUGCUGUAUCAGUACUUUAUUGAAGUUGUACCAACCGAUGUAGAUACAGCAUUUGAAUCUAUCAAAACUUAUCAGUACUCAGUUAAAGAGUUAGAAAGGCCAAUCAGCCAUUCACAAGGUUCUCAUGGUGUACCAGGGAUUUUCUUUAAAUAUGAUAUGGCGGCAUUAAAAAUUAAUGUUUACCAAGAGAGAGAAAACUUUCUUCAGUUUCUAUUAAGACUGUUCUCUAUUAUAGGUGGUAUUUACAUUAUUGUAGGUUGCUUUAAUGCUGUAGUAUUGAAAGUACAAAAUGUAUUUAUUAAGAAAGCGGCGCCAUCUGUGUUAAAUCACACUCAGACAUUUGAAAAAAGACCUGUUCAAUUGAAUCCGUUGCUGAUGCAGACAGACCUUAAUGUUCCUUUAGGGAUAGUGAAGCAAUGAUAGCAAAUAAUUCUUAGGUGUAAGUUUAUGUGCGAACUGAAAUUUGUAUAUAAGAGAUUAUUUUUUUCUAGUUAAUGUAAAGGCCAGAGAUAACAUAACCUGUGUUAUUAAGUUAAAAGUCAAAGAAUCAAUGUUGUUUCCUAAAGAUUACAAAAAAAUUAAGUUAACAAAAUCUUUAACUCUUUGACUGGCAAAGAUAUUGUCUUGUUGUUGGCAUUGUAUUGUUGUAAAGUAGGAAAGCGGACCCCGUCACAGUACGGGACAAACGCUAGGAGGAUGAUGACUGAGAAAGACAUUGUCUGACGUGCACCCAAUAUCAACAUUUGUGCAUUCUGACAACGUUCACAAUGACACAGUGCACACAACAGGCGUGGUGUUCAAAGGGUUCAGCACAAAUAUAAAUAAGUGAUAACAUCCUUUUCAUUACACUUAGUUUUUGCUUUGACAACCAAUUUUAGACGUUUUAUAAUAAAAUCUGUAUUGUUAUAUUCUGAGCAGUUUGAUGUGAAAUGAAUUUGCAUGCCACUUUGUUAUCAAGGUAUGCUUACGAUUAGGUACUGAGUAAUUGCUAAAACCAUAAAAUGAUAAAAACCCAUUUAUUCAUUUAUCAAGAAUUGUUUUAACUAGAUACAGUGAAACAACUUUUGUAAAAAAAAAUUAUCCUUAUAAGUAAACACAUUUUAACUAUAACUUUGAUAUUAAACCUUUUGUAAAUAUGCAAGUUACUAAGAUCGUAUUAUAUCCAAAUCUAGUGUUCAAACCUUAAUUUAAAAACCUUAAGAACGAAAUAGUGUAUUACUGUACAGUCAGCAUCAAAAGUAGCGGAUGAAACAACGCGCCAAAAGUAUCUGAUAUUCCGGAUAACUUUCCAAAAUAUAGAUAAAUUUCUAAAAUUCGCGCUCAGAAGUACCUAUAUCUUUUACAGUCUUAGUUGUUCUAUAUUAAAGACAUCACUUUUUGUUAAGCCGUUACAGAAUGGUAGAUACUUAUGAAACGUUAUUUGAUCCGCUACUUUUGAUGCUGACUGUACCUAUGUUUUUUUUUCUAGCACAUAUUUUAAUAAUAUAUGUAUGAAAAUGUGUUAAUACUAAUCAAUUUCUAUUCUCAGCUUUUACAUUGACUUGAAUGUUUUUAAGUGUUAUAAUAUAAAGUGUAUAAAUAUGGGUCCACACAACUUAUUUAAAUAUAUGUCCCAUAGCUCUUAAUUCGCCGACGUAAGAGCUAUGGGACAUAUUUUUGAGCAACUUCAGUGCAACUGUGCACCUAUAGUUUUACACUUGACUGUACCUAAGUAAUGCGCCUAGGUAUUUAAAUUUAAUAUGAAUUUAUUGCUUUUAUUUUAUCUGUCAUUAUUAAUAAAUUAAUUAAUUUUAUAUUACAUUUGUCAUGCUUAUGAGCAAGAAUGAUUUCCAGGUUUUGUAAAUUUUGUUCAUUAUCCUCAUGCCGCAUACAUUACAAUGUACAUUCUGUUUCAAUGGAAUUUCAACGUUCAUAUAAACAAACAAAGUAGCAUUUCUUUUGUCACAAUUUUCGAAUAGAUGAAAUUCAACCCAGUUGAAAAUACAACUAGCAACUAAUUUCCUUUCCUUCUCUAGGAAUUAAUUUGUUUGGUGAGCGGCAUGAGGGUAUAGAUAUGUACCUUAGUUAACAAAUCAAAAGAUCUGGGGGCUUACCGCGAAAACCGAAAUUCGCAAAUUGCGGGUGCUUUUAUCUUUCACUCUCACUAAGACAUAAUUAGAGUGACAGAGAAAUAUUCCCGUAAUUGACGAACUUCGAUGUUCGCGGUUAUAGUUAAAGCCCUGCACAUUUAGUUUAUAUACAAAGUUAAGUAUAAUAGGUACAUUUUUGUAAUUCCAUUUUAUACCUUUUUUUAUAUUUAUGUAUUUUAUUACGACCUUGCUUAUUGCUAAAUUCUUGAAUUGUUUAAAUAUAUGAACAGUUGACUAAAUGUUACCAGUUUCAUCAAUAUAAAUGUCCCCAUUAAAAUUUGGGCCACCAUA